AUGGCUGCUUGGAUGAAAGUUCUCUAUGCUUCCCUUCAAUCCGAGUUCAAAGUCCUCCAAGCGUCAAUUAGGGAGGCCGAAGACAAAGCUUAUGAUGAAAGAUUUGAAAAGCCCGCUCUCAUUGGUGCGCCUCUUGAGCUUGCUAUUGAUCUUCAGCCAGUUGGUUCUGUCAACCCUUCAGUUGAUCCUUUGGUUCCUACUGUUGAGCAAACUACUACUUUUGUCCAACCAACCAUUUCUUCUACUAACCCUCCUAAUUCCCCGGUUGUUCCUUAA